UCUUCUGGGAAGGGUGCGCAGAAACUGCUUUUUCAUUCAAGCAGCUUAUCCUGGAUAUCCGACACUAAAGUGUCAGCGAAAAUGUGGCUCCUUGGUGUCCUGUUCCUGAAUUCUAUUUUAGCUUGCCUCUGCAGUGACGAUUUCAUCCACCGAUGGAACAGCUUCAAGACACUCCACAACAAGACGUACUCGAAUCCUGAAGAGAACUCCCGUAGAAUGGAAAUAUUCAGACGUAACGUUGACAUGGUCGCUGAACAUAAUGCUCGCUACGCAAGAGGGGAAACGCUUUCCUACCUUGGCAUCAACAGGUUUUCGGAUAUGGAAGGUCAUGAGUUGAAUGGAAACAACCUAGACAUUGCAGACCUACCUUUGACCAACCGAUGGGCACCACGCCGUCGGCUGAGGAGACAAGUGGACACCGGCAUACAGAAUAUCAUUUCUAUUGACUGGAGACAGAAAGGAGUCGUUACCAGCGUGAAGAAUGAGGAAUCAUGCGGUUCCAGUUGGGCCUUUAGUGUGGUGGGUUGUGUCGAGUCACGUCAGGCCUUGGCGAAUGGACAGAGCCCGAAUGAUCUGAGCCCCCAGCAGUUGGUGGACUGUGACGACAACGACAGUGGUUGUAACGGUGGCAACCCGUACAAUGCGAUGUUGUACAUGCAGAAUUCGGGUGUUGAAGGGUGGUCGUCUUAUCCGUACGCUGGGAUGGUACAAAGCUGCCGGUACGUCGCGAGCAAAGUGGUCGCUAAGGUAUCAAACGUCGACUUCAUUCAAGGUGACGAGGGUGAGGAGCGGAUGAGGCAAGAAGUCCAAAACAACGGGCCUAUAGCCGCAACUGUGAAUGCCGCAUCGGCAGCUUUCACCCAUUACGCAGGAGGUAUCAUCGCAGAUGCCUCGUGCCCAACGACAAUAAACCAUGGUGUCGUCAUUGUAGGUUACGGCCUAGAAGGCCCAAUCCCAUAUUGGAUUGUCAAAAACUCGUGGGGUUCCUCUUGGGGAGAACAAGGAUACUUCCGCAUCUUGCGCGGUCGCAACAUCUGUGGGAUUAACACUCUAUCUGUCUUCGCUGACGCACAGUAAAAAGUCACCGAGAUUAAAAGACAAAGGGAUUGGGAAAACUUCAGGAAUAGGGAUAAAACAUACGCCUCGAAGUGUGCACUCAGUGUUUACACACUUCAAAGUCUAUACGUAGGCACGUCAAGCGCAUGCUUGUAAGCACGUGGCUCGAGGAGUAUCCUCGUACCACGAGGAUACUCACAGUACCCAGCGGUUAUGUGUGCAGUAGUUUGCUAUGAAACAAAAAAAAGAUCAAAACACAGAUGUUUGUAAUUGAAUUUAUGGCUAGGGUAAAGUGCCAAACAUGUAUCGGGGUACCAAACAUGGAUCAUUUCUGUUUGUGGGUCUAUAUCUAAAGACCAGGUGGCCAGAUUCUAAAUUUCUGUUUUUCCUUCCUGAGAGCGGUCCUUUGACUGUUAGAUGUGAAGCUGACAAGUUUGCAACUGCCUCUCUCUACUCUGCAGGGUUGCGUUUAGGAAGACACCUAAGACAGGCCCCCGAAAAUCGAUGGAAAAAUGACGUUCAAAAAGGUGAUUGUUGCACUCCUUAUUCUGGGCUAAGUUAUCACCGCAGUCACUUCAAAAUUUUUCAUGGUGCACUUUAGACACACUACUUCGAAAUUUUGGGACCACUGAAUGCAUGACUUGCUUAGUGUCCAUACCAGAGGUGUGCACAUCCAUCCGUCCAGCAUCCGUUCUAUCCGCAGCGUCAAAAGCUGGCCUGUCCAGGCGACGAUUCGAACGCGUUGUUUCGCCUUGCGAACGCAGUCCGGGCGACACAGGUGAGGCAGCUACGCUACGCCACGCCGCCGCUGGCCGGGCGAGCGAGACGGAGCGAGCGGCGCCGCUGGGAGUGCGAGAGAGACGAACGGCCGCCCAGCAGGCUGCGGAUGGAACGGAUGGAGCAGAUGCGCGGGCCGGAUUGGGCGGGUUGGGUGCGGACGGGUCCAGUGGUAUGCGACCCACCCGCGGCCCGGCUGCGGAUUGAACGGAUGCUGGGCGGAUGGAUAUGCACACCUCUGGUCCAUACGCGCUGGUGGGGUGAUCCACGAUUGGACCGCCCUCACCUAACCUUAGCAAAAACAGCCAUAUUUUCAUGUCCUCGCAACUUCCAAAGUAUUCAAGUUACAGGUACCAGUUUUGGCAGCAAUAUGACUACUAGGGUAAACAUCAACGUUAGAUUAAAAAAAUAGAAGUCAACCCAAACUUUAUUUCGAUACUGAGAAGAUUAUUUAAAAAGUGAUCCAUUUUUGGUAACCUAACCUAAAUAAAAACGUGUUGUCUUCAGA